UUAGGAGUAAGCUCCCUAAAGUUCCUGCAACGUUGAGACUGAGAGGAGGAAAGUGAAGGAUGUGGUGAAAUUCAGCCAUGGUAAACUACACUGACAGUCUUGAGGAAUACUUCAUCUGCGUUCUGCACAAUGCUCAACAUAUAAUUUGUUUCCUAUCCAUAUGCAAAUACCAGACAAUUUCUCACACCUUUUGUGAAAAGACUCGCCGAUCCAGAGGGAAAGGUUUUGCAAAGACAUCCUUCUUUUUCAAGAGUGUUACUGUGUCUCACCAUUAUUAAAUGCACAGUCAACAGAACCCAUUGGACCAUCGUUGGAGAAUACUGAACACCAAGAGCAAAUAUAGAGGGCUACAAAGCCUCUUAGGACAUAGCCCGCUUACGAUUCCCUUUCCGUGCACAGCAUCCUCGAAUAGACCACACAAAGAUCCUUAAGCCAAAAUCCCUCCCUGGUAUUUAAUUCUAAAUGAGUAAUUACUGGGUGUGUCAGUGUGUCUUCAGAUUCCAGGUAGGCUGGGUUAAGGAGCUCAUUUGCCGGCUGGCUUUGGAGCGAAUUGCACUCUCACACUGAUACACACAUUCUGAAAGACCCUGCACCGAUUGUAAGAGGGCCACUGAAGAACCCAGUCACUUAGGGGGGACAGACCACAUACAGCCGCCAAGAUGUGUGACAUGGGGGGACUGGAUAACCUGGUGGCCAAUACGGCCUACCUAAAAGCCCAGGGUGGAGAUGACAAGGAGAUGAAAAAGCGACGUCGCAGCUUGUCUCUCCCAAAGCCUGAUCAAUGUGCAGCAGUACGGGCUUCUAUUGAAAAGGACUUUACAUUGCUUUGUGAAAGGCAGCCGAUUGGCAAGAAGUUUUUCCGUGACUUCCUGGCGAACAACAAAGAUUUCAAGUUGGCUGCUGAUUUCUUGGACGAGCUGUAUGAUUGGGAUCUGGCUGAAGGUGCAGCAAAAGACAAGGCCCGCCAAAACAUCAUGAAGAAUUUUUGCAAGGCAGACUCCAAGAACUUCCUGUCUUUCCUCACUGGGGAAUAUGCUGAAAAAUGCAAGGCAGUGACAGAUGCCACCUUUGAGGAGGUGAUGAAAAGCAAAGUCCAGGAAGGCGUACGUAGUUAUCUCAAAGACAAACCCUUCACAGAUUACCAGGCCAGCCCUUUCUUUGAUAAAUUCCUCCAAUGGAAAGAGUAUGAGAAACAGCCCAUCUCUGACAAAUAUUUCUAUGAGUUCAGGACCCUGGGAAAAGGAGGCUUCGGAGAGGUAUGUGCUGUUCAAGUAAAGAACACAGGUCAAAUGUAUGCCUGCAAGAAGUUGUGUAAAAAACGACUGAAGAAGAAGGGUGGUGAGAAAAUGGCCCUGUUGGAGAAGAAGAUCUUGGAAAAGGUUAACAGCCUGUUUUUGGUCAACCUGGGAUACGCUUAUGACACCAAGACCCACCUGUGCCUUGUCAUGACCCUGAUGAAUGGAGGAGAUCUCAAGUAUCACAUUUACAACAUAGGUUAUGAUGGAAAAGGUGUGGACAAGGGUAUCGAGAUGAAACGCGUCAUCCACUACACAGGGCAGAUCACUACCGGCAUUCUGCAUCUGCACGACAUGGAUAUCGUUUACCGUGAUAUGAAGCCAGAGAAUGUGUUGCUGGAUAGCCAAGGCCAGUGCCGACUUUCAGAUUUGGGUUUGGCCAUUGAGAUUGUUCCAGAAAAGACGGUCACCCAGAUGGCUGGUACGGGAGCGUACAUGGCCCCUGAGCUCCUUAGCAAAACUCCCUACAGGACAUCAGUGGACUGGUGGGCCCUGGGCUGCAGUAUCUACGAGAUGGUGGCUGGCUACACACCUUUCAAAGGCCCUGAGAGCAAGAAGGAGAAGGUGGAGAAGGAGGAGGUACAGCGCCGCAUUCUCAACGAGGAGCCCAAGUGGGAGCAUAAGUGCUUUGAUGCCCCCACCAAAGACAUCAUCCAGCAGUUCCUCAAAAAGAAAAUUGAAGAGCGCCUGGGCAUGAAGAACAACAUGGAAGAUCCAAGGAAGCACGAGUGGUUCAAGUCCAUCAACUUCCCCCGUCUGGAGGCCGGGCUUGUGGACCCUCCCUGGGUACCCAAGCCCAAUGUCGUCUACGCAAAGGACACCGGCGACAUCGCUGAGUUCUCUGAGAUAAAAGGCAUCGAGUUUGACGCCAAGGACGACAAAUUCUUCAAGGAGUUCAGCACAGGGGCUGUGCCCAUUCAGUGGCAGCAAGAGAUGGUUGACACUGGACUGUUCGAAGAGCUUAAUGAUCCCAACAGGAAAGAGGGUGGCGGGGAUCCUGAUGAUGAAAAGAAAUCCGGCACAUGUAUAUUGCUGUGAAUAGCCGCAUGUGUGAAAUAAUUGAUCGGCUUUAACACUCAA